AUGUGGGGGAGUAAAUAUUAUAUAAGCAAUUUGAGGAGUAAAAGAAAUUUUAUUUUUUAUCAACAGAUUUAUAAAAAUAUAAUUUUAAAUAAUGACAAAAAAAAAGUUUGCCAGUUUUAUUAUAGUAAUGAAAUAAAUAGGGACAGAAAUGAAGUAGCAAUGAAAGAUAGCAUAAGAAAUACAAAUAUAGAAAGUGUAGAAAAAAUGGAUAACCAAGUUCGAAAAAAAAAUGAAAUAAAAUUUAUUAGUGUGAAAAGUUUUAGCUUAAGUAUCAUUUGUUUUGUUGCAACAUUAUUUUUUUAUUGUACACUUCAAAAAGUUCCCGAAGGUUAUAUUUGCUUAUUAGAAAAUAAAGAAGAUAAAACAGUUUUACCAUAUAUAUAUGACGACUUAAUGACAUUUUUUUUUAACCCUCUAAAAUAUAAUGUUAUAUUUAUGAGAAUUAUUCCUAUUCAUAAAAAAUAUACAAAUAUAUAUGAAACAGUUGAUAAAAAAAAAGUUAAAGUGAAAUUAGAAAUAAAACUUAAACCUAAAAUUUCAUUCAUUAGAGAAAUAUAUAGUUCCUUUGGUAUAAAUUAUAGUACAAAUUUUAUAAAAAAAGAAUUAGAUAUAGAUAUAAAAAAUGUUAUAAAAGAUUAUAAACUUGAUACACUUAUAAAUUUAAAUAAAAAUAUGUCGUAUCAAACUAACGAAAUUACUGCAGAUGAUGUUAUUGAUAAUAUUGUCGAUAGAUUUUAUGAUACCUCUAUUUUUUAUAAAAUAGUUAUACUCGAUGUUUUAUUAACGUUUGACCCAGUAAACGAAGAAAAUUAA